AUGCAGCGGGUGCCCUUGGAGAACGUGUAUCUCCAGGUCUGCGCCAGCGGCAUUGGCGAGAAGGGCAUCAGCGACCAGUCCGAAGCCCUGUCGCCAGCGAAGUUCCUGGAACUGACGCCAGACCCUCCGGAUAAAUCCUCCGUGGAUUUUGCGGAGGCGGCCCUCAGGGAGCUCGGUGCGCUGGAUCCCGAAGACAAGCUGGAUGGGCUCACGCCGUUGGGUCGGCACCUUGCCGCGCUGCCGUGCCACCCGCGGUUGGGCAAGAUCCUGGUGCUAGGCUGCCUGCUGGGUGUGCCCGGCCCAUGCCUGAGCAUUUGCGCUGCCAUGUCCGUGCGCAAUCCGAUGCUGACGACGCAGGACACAGCCAAGCGCGCGAACUGGCAGACUGCGAGGAAUGAGAUGGUGGCUGAAAUCGGCACCCGCAGCGACCACUGCGCGUGGGCGCACAUCGUGCAGGAGUGGCGCUUUGGGGACAUGAAGCAGCGUGAGCUGUGCCGCAAGCUGGGCCUGUCCUUCGAGCGGAUGUGCUCCUCCAUGUUCGAGAGGAAGCAUCUUAGCGAGUCGCUGGUCCAAGUGGGUCUUUUGCCUGCCUCGUUCAAAGACGACGAGCUCGACAGCAAGGACAAGAUGCCGGACUGGAACCUGGUGCGUGCGGCUGUGGUCGGCGGGCUGUAUCCCAACAUCCUGCACGCACAACGCCGCCAUAGCUCUGGAAGGUACCAGACAGGCAGCUUCGGAGACAAGGCCAAGUUCCUGACCUACCAGAUGCUGCAGAGGAACACGGCGGGGCGAGAAGCCUGGCCGAAGACGGUGAACCUCCACCCGAACUCCUUGAUGUUCGGGCACGACCAGUUCCACUGCCCGUGGUUGGCUUUCUACACCAUUCAGCAGACCACCAAGCUCUAUGCCUAUGACGUGUCUGAGGCGAGCCCCUUCUCCCUGCUGCUCUUUGGGGGCGAGCCGGAGUACAACGAGUGCACUCACACCCUGCAGAUCCUGGCGGCGCUGGACGGGGAUACGGCGGUGCACCUGGUGCUGGAGGCCCUGAAGCAGCGCCCCCGUCUGGCCCCCGCCGUGGUGGGCUUCGCGUGCCCCGCGCUGACCUACGCGCCGGCCAGGGCCAUGGCGGAGCGGAGGUGCUGGGGGGUGCUGACGCAGGUGCCGGGUGCCGAAGGCGAGGGCUUCGGCGUCAUCAGCUCCCCGGAGAUCGAGGCGACCUUCGGCGCGGAGGUGGCGGUGAGCCGGGAGCAGCUGGGCGGCUUCCAGGUGGGCCAGGAGCUCAGCUUCAGCUGCGCCCUGGACGCGGAGAACAAGCCCAGGGCCUUCGAGUUGCUCCCCGGCGGCUGGACGGGGCCUUUGGCGCCGGCGCCGGCCGGCUUGGGCGCCGCUUUAUCGGCGGUGCCGAUGUCCAGCGCAUUUGGCGGCUCGGCUCGAUGCGCCUGGCAGCGCUGGGUGGGGGGCUUCGCCAGCUUCCGCUGCCGCGGGGGCAAGCAGCUGGUGCCGUUGCUCCAGGCGGCCCGAAAGGGCAUCCAAGACGUCUUGGAGCACAAGCUCGAGGACGUCAAGUGGGACGUCACAACUUCCAAGGAGCUGCAGAUGUGCGUGCAGUUGCUGCGAUGCAAUGGCUUAGGCUUCCGGAAGCCGGACCCCGCGGACUUCGUGCGCCUCUCCGACUCCCAGGUGAAGGAGUUUGACGAGAGUGUCAAUGAGACCGCCUUCAUGAUGAAGAAGGCUAGCGGCAUGAAGCAGAGGGCACUUGUGCCCAAAAAAUUGGCACGGCUCCAGACCUUCCUUAGCCAGCAUCGGACCGUGGCAUGA